CCCGCCCGCCCCCGCCUCCUCCUCGUGUUCCCGCUCCUUUGCCUCCUCCUUUUCCUCCUUCCCUCGGCCUCCAGCUCCUCCCUCCGUGCCCUUCAACGAGACCGUGACUUGAGGGAAUCGCUGGGGAUGACGCGCCUUCGUGACAACGUAAUGAGCGACAGGGAGAGGAUGAAGGAUAACAGCAAGGAGAAGGAGGGAAUGAGCAAGGGGAAGGAGGAGAUGGACAAGGGGAAGGAGACGGAUGGAAUGAGCGAGGGGAAGAUUCCAAUCAGACCCCUUUCCUCGAGUCCUUCCCUUUUCUACUCCUCAAAGGCUACAAUUCCACUUGAUUCCGCUUUAUCUCCUAAACUUCUAAGGGCCCUUCGCGACUCCCUCUUACGGAAUGUCUUGAGAGAGGAAGGGGACGAAGAGAGGGAAGAUGAUGAUGAUGAUGAGGAGGAGGAGAUGAUGAUGGAGGGGAUGGAAAAUUAUGAACUGGAUGAUGAAAAGCUAAAGAAAGGAGUCCUAGAUGAUAAUAGUGAAGGGGAGAUGGGAAUAGAAGAAAGGGAAGAAGAGGGCGAGAGGGGACGGAGGCCUGCGGAAGAACGGGAAGAUGAAAACGAAACUCUAGUGAUAAUGGAAAUAGGCAUGGCACUACAGGAAGAUGAAGAAGAAAAGGAAAAGAAGGAAGAUGCAACGGAACAGAGAAGAAACGAAAGAGAAGUAGAACCAGAGAAACACACAGAGAAAGAACCUUUGAUUGACACGGAAAUAAACAGGAUGGAAAGUGAAGAGGGCGAGAAGGCAGAGGACUCCAAGAUGAGGUUUCGUUCCGCCUUCCGACGCCCCACAGUCCUCAACGUCCUCCAUGACUUCAGAUUCCCGACGGUGCGGCGAGACGAGGCGGGGCUGGAGGUGCUGCAGGAUGGCCAGAAGAUGGACGUUAGACCGCUGCAGCUGCGACAUGGGACGGGGAGCAGCGACGAGGACGGGCGGGAGUGUGGUCGGGUCUUCACGGAUUUGACCGGACUCAUAACAUCUCCAGACUUUCCGUUCAACUACCCCAACAACGCCCUGUGCAGCUAUCAGAUCUCGCUGCCGUCACAGUACACCAUCGCCCUGGACUGCAACGAUUUCUCCAUCCAGCCGGGCGACAGGAAUUGCGAGAACGAUUACCUGUUGAUUAGCCAGGACGGACAGGUGGAGGGCGAGGGCGUGACCAAGUACUGUGGCGACAAGGCCCUCUCCCUCUUCACCUCCACCUCCAACCUAACGCUGGUCUUCCAUGCUGACAACUCGUACAGGUAUAGAGGCUUCACCUGCAGGUACAGAGCCAUGAACCCGGACGGAACAGGAGCUGUCCCCGCCGUCAUCACCAACACCACCGAGGAACACCACACCGUCCUCUGCACCGGCCCUGGAAACGACGGGUGGGCUGGCAAGUGCGGGGUGUCGGGGGAGUCGGCGGCGGCGGCAAGGGUGGUGGGGGGCCAGCUGGUGAAGAAGCACGAGUUCCCGUGGAUGGUGGCCGUGCUGAAGGUGUGUGGGAAGGAGGAGCAGCACUACUGUAACAUCUGCGGCGGCACCGUCAUUAGUCCGCGUUGGGUGCUGACCGGGGCCCACUGCGUCGCCAGCGUCCCGGUGGAGAAGCUCGGUGUCUUACUCGGGGACCACAACCUCUACACCCUCACGCCCUCGCAGAAGUUCUUCCUGGUGGGGGAAGUGUACAUCCACCCGGACUUCAACACGCCCACACCCCUCAGCAGUGACCUUGCCCUUGCCUUCCUGCCCCAAGAGAUGGCCUUCAAUAGAUACGUGGCGCCCAUCUGCCUGCCGCCCAGAGACUACGAGAUCCUGGAACAACUCCUGCCUGAUGUUACCCCACAGGACACCACCACCACCACCAUCCCCACGACCACUGCUUCUGCGCGCCGCAAGAAAAGGGAAAGUGAGUCUUCGGGGUGGCUGCGGCAAGAGGAAGCCACUGAGCCGGAUCUCCAAGUACUACAUGAUACUCUGAAUGGGAGGAACGUGUCUGUCUACGGCUGGGGCACCAUUGAUGACGAUGACACUCCGGCCCAACAGCUUCGAGGGGUGACUGUGGAGAUUCUGGACAACUCCGUGUGUCGUGAUUACUACGGCGACCUCGUGAGAGACUCCAUGAUGUGCUCCUCUGGUGAAGGUGGCAGCGGGCCGUGCAGGGGUGACAGCGGCUCCCCUGCCCAGCUUAAAAUGACUGACGGCCGCUGGGUUCAGGUGGGAAUUCUGGCCUUCGGUGCUGCCUACGGGUGCCAGGCUGGCUACCCCUCAGGCAACGUCCUCCUGCCCCCUUACAUGAACUGGAUCGAGGCAGUGACUGAUUUCGACUUCGGAUCCUACUACUAAGACGCCCUCCCUUCCUCUGUGUCCAUCCCUCUCCACCCUCUCAACCUCUCCGCUCUCCACCUUCACAGCCCCUUCUUAUAGUCCUCCCUCAUUGUCCCCGCAUCAAAAGGUGACAGGAUGAGCGGGACGAGAAGGGGAAGGAAAGGGAUAGAGUAGGAGAGGAAGGGAGAGACAGGGAAGGGAUGGAGAGGAGUGAAAAGGAAUGGUUGGGGUGAGAUGGCGAUGAGUCUCGGCUUUGUCUUCCCGAGCAGUAAUUUUUUUUCUUCAAUCAAACAAGGAACAGAAGGACCGGAAAAUGUCAAGAGAAGGCAGGACUAAUUCUAGCGAUGAUAUACCUGAGUGUGCUUUCGUGUGUACAUUUUGAAUAACAACUAUAAUAAGU